AUUCUGUUUCUGUAUUUAUAUACAUAACGGCGCUGUAGCCGCAUGCAUUUACCCAAAUCCCACGACGUAGACAGAAGCUACCGACAACCCGAAGGGAACGAUAUCCAUGACCAUGACGCCCUUGUCACUGUCAUUUUCGAGUCUGUUAAAGAAUAAGGAUUCUCUGCAGAAGUUUUUCAAUUGCUACAAUGCCUUCCACGCGCAGCACGACAUACCACGGUACUUCGGAAACCGAACGCCGUGGAAGAAGGCUCGGUUAUGGGAGCGGAAUUUCAGUGCGGUAUCCCGCAGUAGGUUCAUCGGCCAAGUGUUGGCGGAACAACCCUGUGCCAAAAACUAUGCGAAGGAAGCUACUAUGUGUACCACUUCUGCAAGUGGCCAAGACAUGACCAACUGGUUGUGGUCUAUUUACAACGAAACCAAAAAACAGACCGAAGCCCUGAUCCCUGUGAUAUCUAAGAACAGUGUGAACCCAGACACCAUCUUUGCCAACAACGAGAUGAGUCUGGGUGACAUCGAGAUCUAUGGGUUUGACUAUGACUACACUCUGGCCUUCUACUCCAGACACCUCCACACCCUUAUCUUUAACAUCGCCAGGGACAUCCUCAUCCAGGAGCACAGGUACCCUGAGGGCUUGCGAGAGUACGAGUACAUCCCUAACUUUGUUGUCAGAGGACUGCACUAUGAUGUCCAAAGGGCUUUGCUGAUGAAGAUAGAUGCAUUUCACUACAUACAGCUGGGAACCGUAUACAGGGGUCUUCACCCGGUACCAGACAAGGAGGUGAUUGCCAUGUACGAUGGCUGCCAUGUCCCUCUGGAGAAUAUGAGUGACUUCUAUGGCAAGAGUUCCCAUGGCCACACAAUGAAACAGUAUAUGGACAUCUUUUCCCUCCCAGAGAUGAACCUUCUGUGUUCCGUUAAUGACUACUUCAUGAAGCACAAUAUCGACUACGAGCCCGUCCACCUCUACAAAGACGUCAAGGAAGCGAUAGGAGAUGUCCAUGUGAAGGGUAUUAUGUAUCGGGCUGUGGAGGCAGAUAUUGAGAACUAUAUUUCCUAUGGAGAACAGACUCAUGCUGUGCUGAAGAAGCUUUAUGAGGAUGGAAAGAAGAUGUUCCUCAUCACUAACAGCCCCUUUGACUUUGUGGAUCGGGGAAUGAACUACAUCGUUGGGAAAGACUGGAGAGAUCUGUUUGACAUUGUCAUCGUACAGGCCGACAAACCUGGCUUCUUCAACGACAGGAGAAAGCCCUUCAGGCGAGUGACAGAUAAAGGGGUGCUUCAUUGGGACAGGAUUCACAAGCUGGAGAAGGGGAAGAUCUACAAACAGGGAAACCUCUAUGAGUUCCUGAGACUGACGGGCUGGAGGGGGUCCAAGGUGUUGUACUUUGGAGAUCACAUCUACAGUGACCUGGCAGACCUGACCCUGAAGCACGGCUGGAGGACUGGCGCCAUCAUCCCUGAGCUGAGGAAAGAGAUCAAGAUCAUGAACACUGAGGAAUGUGUUCACCUGAUGACCUGGUUACAGGGUCUGACUGGGCUGAUAGAACACAUGCAGGUCCACAGAGAUCCAGCUUCUCAAGCUGUCGUCCAGGAGUGGAUCAAAGAGAGAGAAGCCAUGAGAUCGCAGACAAAGGACAUCUUCAAUGGCCAGUUUGGGAGUCUCUUCCGGACCUACCACAACCCCACCUACUUCUCCCGCCGCCUGUCUCGUUUCGCUGACAUCUACAUGGCGUCCCUCAGCUGUCUGCUCAACUAUGACUUCCAUCACACCUUCUUCCCCCGUCGUACGCCCCUGCAACACGAGUCACCCUUCUGGCCCGAGCAGACCAGCGCCGGGGCCCUGAAGAUGCCCUUCAUACCCCCACAGAACCACAACUGAAGAGUAGAACAGGGAAUGGGGAGGGGGGGGUUUCAGUGUGACACCCUGUCCGGGCUUGACUCAGACUAGAGAGGCUAGCGUGACGGGUUUCACUGCGAUACUCCGUCCAAGACCUGAUCUAAGUAGAGAGGGGAGGGGGAAGGGGUUUAUUGUGACACUCUGUCUUGACCUAAUCUGAAUAGAGAGGGGAAGGGUUUCACUGCGACACUCCGUCCAAGACCUAAUCUGAAUAGAGAGGGGAAGGGGUUCAUUGUGACACUCCGUCCAAGACCUGAUCUAAGUAGAGAGGGGAGGGGGAAGGGGUUCAUUGUGACACUCUGUCUUGACCUAAUCUGAGUAGAGAGGGGAAGGGACGGGUUUCACUGCGACACUCUGUCCAAGACCUGAUCUAAGUAGAGAAGGGGAAGGGUUUCACUGCGACACUCUGUCCAAGACCUGAUCUGAGUAGAGAGGGGAGGGGGAAGGGGUUCAUUGUGACACUCUGUCUUGACCUGCUCUGGACACAGAGCUCACAAAUACCUGUUUCACUCUAUCAUGCUGACCUGAAACAUACUGAAACAUAUGUAGACAAGCCAGCUGAGUAGGGUGAAAAGGGUAGAAGAUGGUGUACGGGACUCUGCUGACUCUAUUUACUGUCUCUAUUUUCCACUGAUGUCAUCUCAUGUUGACCUUACUCUAUUUUCUACUGACGUCAUCUCAUGUUGACCUUACUCUAUUUUCUACUGACGUCAUCUCAUGUUGACCUUACUCUAUUUUCUACUGAUGUCAUCUCAUGUUGACCUUACUCUAUUUUCCACUGAUGUCAUAUCAUGUUGACCUUACUCUAUUUUCCACUGAUGUCAUCUCAUGUUGACCUUACUCUAUUUUCCAGUGACGUCAUCUCAUGUUGACCUUACGGCUGUCAGUAACUUCAAUACUGACCUGCUCUGCUUUUAUAAUCUCGCUAUUAUAUGUGUAGGUUGAAUUUAAAACAGUAACUCUUAAAUAUUUCUGCCAUGUUUCUGUUUUAUGUUGAAAACUAGCGGUACGGUUAGCUUAGGUUAGCUUAGGUUAGCUUUGGUUAGCUUAGGUUAGCUUAGUACGCUAUACCAAAACAUGACACAAUACGUUUGCUUGAAUGUUCUUGACACACAUACAGAAUGGAAACAAAUAACAAUUUACUCAGAUCUGCAAACUUGCAUCCAAACAAUAUACAGUUGAAGUCGGAAGUUUACAUACACCUUAGCCAAAUACAUUUAAACUCAACAUUUAAUCCUAGUAACAAUUCCCUGUCUUAGGUCAGUUAGGAUCACCAC